AUGAGUAAUUACGAUCUAGAAAAAGGCGCCUCGUCGUCAUCAGCUGCAAACUCAAUACAACAACAUCCCAACAAUGCCAACUUUGCAGCCCCAGCCAACAACUUGACCCCAUCACAAUCAAGCCCAUUCAGCAUCAAAGAAAAACAAAUAAACACCAACUACAUACAAGACGACGACGAGAUUUUUCUUCGUGACAAUGAAUCAGACAACGAUGGGUCCGUCAACGAAAUCAAACGUGGGUUGAAAGCACGUCACGUGUCCAUGAUUGCCCUCGGUGGUACUAUUGGAACUGGUCUUUUCAUAUCUACAGGAAGCACGUUGGCCUCAGCCGGUCCUGUUCUUUCCCUCAUUUCUUUCCUUUUCAUGACAACAAUUGCAUUCUCAGUCACGCAGUCCUUGGGAGAAAUGGCAACGUUGAUCCCCGUUUCCGGGUCAUUUGCUCAAUUUGUAACUCGGUGGAUCUCAAAAUCGGCUGGUGCUGCUAAUGGUUGGUUGUACUGGUUCAGUUGGGCAAUCACAUUUGCUCUUGAAUUAUCCGUUGUAGGGCAAGUUAUCCAGUACUGGACCGACGCCGUGCCCUUGGCGGCCUGGAUCAGUAUUUUCUUUGUCAUUAUUACUGUGUUCAAUUUUUUCCCCGUCAAAUUUUACGGUGAGGUUGAGUUCUGGGUCGCUUCCGUCAAGGUCAUUGCCGUGUUUGGAUGGAUCAUUUAUGCAUUGUGCAUGGUUUGCGGUGCCGGUAAAACUGGGCCCGUGGGGUUCAGGUACUGGAGAAAUGGAUACGCAUGGGGAGAUGGAAUCCUUGUUUCGGAUACCGCAACCAGUCGGUUCCUCGGUUGGUUGUCUUCUUUGAUCAAUGCCGCAUUCACGUUCCAAGGUACCGAGUUGACCGGUAUCUCUGCUGGUGAGUCAGAAAACCCACGUCGCACAGUGCCCCGUGCCAUCAAGAAGGUUUUGUUUCGUAUUUUGAUUUUCUACGUCUUGUGCAUGUUUUUCAUUGGAUUGUUGGUUCCUUACAAUGACGACAAGUUGACUGGUGGGUCCUACACUUCAAACUCGCCAUUCAUUAUCGCCAUGAAUAACUCGGGAACCAAAGUCUUGCCCCACAUUUUCAAUGCAGUUAUUGUAACCACCAUCAUAUCUGCCGCCAACUCCAAUGUGUAUUGUGGAUCGCGUAUUGUUUACGGGUUGGCAGAAGCUGGGGUGGCCCCUAGGUUCUUUUUGAAGACUAAUCGUGGUGGAGUUCCAUAUUUUGCCGUGGCUUUGACUGCAGCAUUUGGUGCAUUGGGAUACUUGGCCGUCUCCAGUAGUGGUGAAAAUGCGUUUACGUGGUUAUUGAACAUUUCCUCCACUGCCGGUUUGAUCUGUUGGGGAUUCAUUUCCGCCAGCCACAUUAGGUUCAUCAAGGUUUUGAAGAAGAGAGGCAUUAGUCGUGAUUCCUUGCCUUACAAGGCCAUGUUUAUGCCUUGGGCUGCGUACUAUGCUUGUUUCUUUAUCUUUUUGAUUACAUUGAUUCAGGGAUUCCAGUCAUUUUUCAAUGGGUUUAAUGUGACUGAUUUCUUUACUGCUUAUAUCUCACCUAUCUUCUUUGUGGCAUUGUGGAUUGGGUUCCAAAUUUUCUUCCAUGGGUUUAGUUUGAAGUGGAGAGAUUAUUUCGUGCCCUUGGAUGAGUGUGAUAUUGAUUCUGGAGUACGUGAGGUUGAUGAAAUGGGGUGGGAGUCGACUGAGCCUAGAAACUUGUGGGAAAAGUUCUGGGAUGUCGUUGCAUAG